CGAGCCCGGCGGGCUUUAGUUGAUGUCGAGAGCGUCGCUCGGCGCGCGCGCGCGUAUCUCUCCUCGCCCGUGGAGUUUUUCCCUUGGAGUGGUGAAGAGCUCGCCUGCUCGCUCGCCCGCUCAUCUCGUCCUGCGACAAGGAUUACCGCGAGCACCUCGUGCGACCACGCCUCGGCUGCUGCUGCUGCGCCGCACGGGACUACGCAGAAGACGCUCGGGAUGGUGAUGAUGAUGAUGACGACGCCGCCGGCGAUUCGUGCGUUCGUUCUGCUCUUGCUGGUGUUCUUGUCCGGUGCGGUCGGAGUGGCGGUCGCUGCGAGGCGUCGCGGCGGCGGCGGCAAGCCGCCCAUCGUAGAAGAGACCACGCGGAGGAAGCUCAACAGACAGACACACUGCCAGUUCGGCAACCUGACGUACGAGCUGGAGGAGCGAUGGCGUCCCGACCUGGGUCCGCCUUUCGGCGUGCUCUACUGCGUUCGCUGUGAGUGCACCCCUGUUCACCGCAAGAAGAGGGUUGUGGCUCGAGUCCGCUGCGAGAACAUCAAGAACGACUGCCCCAAGCCGACCUGCGAUGACCCCGUGCUUCUGCCCGAGCGCUGCUGCAAGACCUGUCCGGGAGAAGACUAUGCGGACUUGGAGGAGGGCUUGGCCUUGCGCAAGCUGGAGCUGGAUGACGAGGACAGGAACUCCAAAGAGUUCAGUGCGCUCCUCACUGGCCGCGGUUCGUACCCCAUCGUGGCUACGACCGUCGCGGCUGUCGGCUACCUGACGUACAUCAAGAAGGACCUCCACAUCGGCGUCUACCACAACAGUCCCACUCCCGUCACCAGCAUCCUCAUCACGAACGAAGAGGGCUAUAUUGUCCAGGAGCACGAAGUGGCCAACAAGAACACGCUGUCCGCCAACAACAGCACUCAGGUUUGCGCCGUGUGGAACAAGAUACCGAAGGUGUACCGGCGGCUUCUCCAAAAGGAAAAGCUCCACAUGGCACUGGUCACCAACGGUCAUCCCAACGGACUGGUGGCAGGCCGGAUUGUCCAGUCCACUAGGCUCGAACCAGAGGUGUUCAGCUCGCUCAUGGUUCCCGAUCCCGCGGUGAAGGAGACGCUGGGAGGGGGAGGCGUCGCCGCCAUUUCGCCGUCCAGGACAGACAUCCACGUCACGGUGAUGUUCAACGGAAUAUUCGCCCCGACAGACGCCAGAGACGUGGUGGUCAAGCUGAGUCUCCUAGCUGGAAAGACCAGUGAGUCGGCCGUGGUCGCCAGCUCCGAAAUAACGCUCCCCAAAAUUCACGUUUCACUGAACACGGCCAGUGUGAAACUGACCCUGCCUCCGGAGCAGCAGCCGCUGAUGGUGGCCGGCAAACUGAGCAUGCGCCUGACGUCACCCGACGGCAGGCGCCACAUCGAAGGCCCCGUGAUCGUCAGGCCGACCUGCAACAUCUUUCAAGCUGUGCUGACGGCGGAGACGUCCAACUCCGGAUUCGCAGUGCUCAACGUUAACCAGGAUGGGUCAAUAUCUUACCAGGCGUACGCUUCCGGUAUGAACAGCGCGCCCAUGGUGGUCGUCCUGGAGACGGACAGCCCGGCCGACAAUGAGGUUCGCACCAUGGCUGCCUCGUACAACCCACCCUUCGCGUACCACUGGACGAACGGCACAUUCACCCGCGGCACUAGCCAGGUGCUGGAGAUGCUGCUGACCGACGACUUGACCUUCAAGGUGCUCUCCGAAGGCCAGAGCGAAUUGCGAGGACGAGUGAAGCAGCGCCUCUACUCGGAUGCCUUUCUCAGUGCAGAGGCUCCUGUGCUGCUCAUGUCCGAGGGCAACAGCUCGGCGGCGGGACAGGCGUGGCUCUCGGUGGACAAGUCGUGCCGGCUUCACUAUUCGGUCUUCGUCUCGGGACUGGAGCCCAGCGAGCGGCACCUACUCGAGCUCCUCGAGAUCACGCCUGCCUUCAACGUGAUGCCCAGCGCGCGCAGCGUCCAGAGGGUUCUCCAGAGAAUCACCGGAGACGAGCUGGAAGAUACCCUGGAUGAACCAAGCGCGGCAACUCUGCACCGCCUCAGUGGCGGAUCUUCGUACUUACUGGUCACAUCGAAGUCGGGAAAGUCCAAGCAAGUCGAGCUCAGGGGACACAUAAGAGACAUUCGGAUUCCCGACAACUGCCUUCCCGAUCUCGCCAAGAGCGGAGUCAGCGGUGGCUCUGGAAACACGGCCGUGGCCGGCUACUCGAGCGACGCGGGAGGAGCGGAGAACAACGAGAUCUACCGCAUCGAGUCCAACCACAAGUGCUACUACGACGGCGAGGUGUUCGACGACGGGGCCCAGUGGACGGCGCGACACGAAGCAUGUGUCAUGUGCUCCUGCCAGAGAGGUCGUCUGGUAUGUGACGCCGUCGUGUGCCCUGCCGUGCAAUGCCCCAAUGCAGUGACGCUUCCAGGGGAAUGCUGCCCAACGUGCCAAGACGAGUCGGGAGGCCUGAACGCGACUUUCGCGCCAGGUGAAGCCCACUCUCCGCACGGCUGCUUCCUCGAGGGAGACAAGAAGUUCCACAUGGCCGGCUCCAAGUGGCACCCCUACAUCCCGCCCUUUGGCUUCAGCCGCUGCGCCGUCUGCACCUGUCAGCCAACGACGCUAACAGUGGAGUGUCGACGCAUCACGUGCCCACCAUUGAGCUGUUCCGAAAAGGAUGCCUACAGAGAGAAUGCUCUGUCGUGCUGCAAGAAAUGUCCUACAGAUGUUAUUCCCGUGAAAUCUCAAGAUACAAGUGUUCCAACGCAACUCCGUGAUCAAGGAUCAAAAAAGACACCAAAGGACAUUCUGUCAAGUGGAGGAUGUCAGUUUCAGCUACAAGUAUUUCACAAUGGAGAGGAAUGGCAUCCAACUGUACAGCCUUUCGGUGAAAUGAAGUGCAUUAGAUGCCACUGCAAGGAUGGCAAAUCCCGGUGCAGAAGACAGCGGUGCGCCAAACUCUCGUGCCCAAUAAAGUUCCAGAAAGAAGACGAGUGCUGUCCGCGCUGUGCUGAUAAUGGUGAGGGCCGCGCCGGAGACAGACCCCCGCGGAGGACAGGACGCAAGCGCAAGACCCGGGGUGGGACGCCGUGGAAUUGAGCCGGCCCGACAGUACACCGCCGGCACGGAACUGUCCCACCAGACGCAGACGCGCGACACAAGCAAAGCGAACAAACGAGCGAGAGCAAAGACGGCGCUUGGACCCCGGCAGCUGUACAUUCCACCCACCAACUUCCGGGCGAACGGAAGUGCCGAACGCCGCCGAGGGUAACCCCCCCGUUGCCCCGUCCGCGUGAGGCCCGCUGCUCCUCUUGUCGGCCGCUGGCUUCUGCUCCUCCAGACGUUGCCGGAACAUUUUGUGCUCCCCCGGCCCAAUCAACGGAAGGAUCGACUCAGACUUGAUACAUAUCUGCCGCAUGGCGUUGUGCUGUCUCUCCCACCAACCAACCGGCCACGCCUUUGCGCGGUAGGGCGGCAGCGAAACGAGGAGAAUGUGAUCGGAUGAACAAACGUGGGCGUCGUGAGUCAUACCUGCACGCUAGCAACUCAGGUGGCUUUCGUUCUUGUGGUGCUGCGUGCCGAACUGAGCCUUUCCAACUUGCUUCGAAGGACACGUCUUUUCUUUUUUUUUGACACGGCUGCCUCGCGCUCCCGCGCGCUCUCCUCGCCGCCACCCCCCUCUCUCUCUCUCUUCUGCCUGUGUUAUGAGACGUUGUUCAGUGCGCGGAUGGCGGAACACGGGAGGAGGAGGUUCGACCGAGCGGAGUGAAGCGCGCGGUCAAGAGCGGAGAAGGAAUACUCAAACCAGCCGCCAACGUUGCUACUCCAGCUUCUCACGCAUCCAUGCAAGCCAAAGCUUCCACCACGAGCUUCGUCCGCCUUGUGAAAAAAAAAAAAGCACUGCGACAGCGAUGACAGCGCUCUUCUUCUCUGACUCUUUAUCUCUGUGCGACUCCACGAUGUCUCCGAGAAGAGGUGUCCGUAUAACAUAGAAAACUGUCCGCAUUACUGGGAGAAUGGCGUGGCACGUUGUGGGGCUUGUGAGGGGACGAGAUCGGGCACGUUGCUAAUAGCCCGUGCUUAACAGAUCUUUUCAGUAUUUCUUUUUUUUUUCAGGCUAUUAUAAUGGAAGACUUAACUCCCUAUCUCUGCAGCUACUUGUAAAGAAGAGUUGUUUCCGUGAAGUUCAGUUAUGAAGCUGCUUACUCCCCGUAAUAUUUAUGCAUUUCAGUUGCGCAGUCUUCUUUUGUGAGAAUCUUUAUAUGCUCUCGCGACAGCCUGAGAAGUGUCGUCUCUACUUGCCAACUGUAUUUUUUUUUUCGCGAAGCGAACAUUUCAUACGUAAACUGCAGCGCGAAAAUCGCAACUGACGAAAGACUAGACAAGACUGGGUCGUGUCUGUUUAAUACGCGAUUCGUUUUCUGUGUUUAUCGCGCUGUGUUUGAAAGUAUGAAAUAUUAACGUGCCCAACAUGACUCAUCUAAAUCAAGUAUCUCGUAGCUACUUAAGAGCUCACGCAAAAUAAUUAUUGGCAAUGCUUUCAUUUUGACCGACGAAGCACUUUCGUCAAGUUUAGCACCUUUGAUAACAGUAAUGACGCCACGAAAUCGAUACUUUUCUCAGCACGAUCCACGACAUCGAUGCAAACAUAUCACUUGGCAACUGAUUACGGGUUUAAAUAAUUCAGGUCUACGGUUUUAACUGCGCUUUUUGUUGUAAACGCCCCUUUGUCAAAUGUAUCUUUUAAGAAAACGAUGUCUAAGAUAGCGCGUUUAGCGCACAUACACGUUCAAAUGAUGUUACCACGUGAUCUUUUAAAGCAACCGGCCACAUUGUGCUGUGUACAGGGUGACUGCUCGCAAGAACUAUGCAGCAAAAUUCAAGCAUUGCCCAAGAUGGAAGCAUGUGCCAACAUUUACUACAACAUUUCCCAUUUUUCUCUUCUACUUUCAAAAGGUUCGCACUUAGAGCAUCGUUUUGUUAAAAGUCGUGGGUCAUGUGAAUGCAGUGAAUGGUACAACAGUCCUCUUCUUCAUAGGUGCGUUGUUUGAGAGCAUGUAUAUGUCCCCUGUUGGUUGGCAUCAAAAGAGAAACGAUUUUAUAUUAUAUUUCAUUGGAUAACAUACAAAACAAACAAAACAUCAUUGUUAGUUGCAGCAGCAAAUGUUCUAAACAUCAGACCUGCACAUUUUAGCAGCAGCAAAUUAUAGGUAGAUGCCGUCAUAACUGUUAAACAAACCGUGAGAAACGCUUGACCUUUGGCCGAUGAAGUGCUGCAUCUUCAACACUUUCAGUAUCGACAUUCUGAAGAAGUUGCUAUGACUUAUGUCAAGUAAACUAGCGAAUAAAUAAAAAAAAACAUUGCCGUUUCUCAAUACAAUAGACGCGAUCGUAGAAUAAUUGAAACUACCCAAGGAUAUAUACAGGACAAGGCUGCGAAGAGUGUGUCGGUGUUGUUUUCCCAACGGUUUCGGCCUGACGGCUUGUACACGCUUGUAGGAAGCGUAUCUGUGAAACUGUCAGGGUGUUACGGUCGUUUCGGAUGAGCCCGUCCACUGAUAACCAAACAUGCAACGUAUGUCCUAUGUAUAUUACUGAGGCUCCGUUGUUGCUGCUACUCUGCAGGACAUAUCGUGUGUUUACUUUGAAACUACUCCCGCUGUCUUCGGUAACUUUGUGCACAUCGUUGGCCUAAAUUCGCUGGCCAUCUACGACUGUGUCGCGCUCGGAACUCUUCAACGCGAGCGGUACGCUGGCGAACUGCGAAUCAGGGUAGAUGGCAGGGCACGGACAAACAGCUGCUCGCCUCGGCAACUGAUGUUCGCCCAAGCGCUGACGUUGUACAUGUCGUCUCUACUCUGCAGUUCUUAUCACAGUGAUCUUCGCUGUGCGUUAUCACCUGGGAGAACUGUGCAGUCGUAGCCAACCAAUGGUCAGCAGAGAACGUGGUCUUGAGCGCGCGGGGCGACCUAGCAGGAUGCAAGAUGCGUGAACCUGCGAUUGAGAAUGCGCGCGGCGGGAUUUCCUUUGUUUCUUUUUAUGGGAAGUGCAGGGCGCGGGUGGGGGGGGUAAAAUGCCCGAAACAGUGGACGGCUAGUCUCAGGGAAGGCAGAUAGCAAGGACAUACAAAUGUACGUGACGGAGCUUACUAUUUGGCGCCAAAAGUUGGCGCGAUGAGAGUCCCACCGAUUUGUCAACGGUGGUUUUAUGUUUUGUUUUUCGUAUUUUUGAUCAAUUACUUUCAAUAUAGUAAAUAUUAACGCAGGUUUUCAUGUUGCGUCUAGCUUCCACCCUGCAGAUGAUUUAGUCGUUCGGCAUAGCUAACGAUAUCAAGAUGCACAUGAAACAAGGAGCUUACAUAAUCACUUGUUUAAACGCAACCUAUUUUGCUGAACAACUCAACGGCGAACUGUGCAAAACGCGAUGGCAUUGGAGCUCUUUGUUGAUUAAUGUGCAUGCCCGUAUCGCCUGGCUGCUGCUAUCAUGGAAAUGACACCAUCAUGGCGGUAUAGGUUUCUUCACGAAACCACAACGAAAAGAACAAGCCACCAACAGCUGCAUAUUCACUGCGUACGUGGCGCCCUCUACAGUGCUCUGAACGUCCGUGGCGCCCUCAAGCCGAACUCUCCGGAAGUGACGUGGUGAGAGUAUCCUGGGUUGCCGUAUAUGUUCCCAGUCGACCCAUUUCUUAUGGGAUUGCUUGCAUGAAAUGAUUGUAACCCCAGCUAGCUGAGCUCGGUAAUAAGCGCAAAAUAAAAAAAUUGUGCUGAUUGUUACAUUUCUUUGAGAUUUUGAAGUUGUGAAUUGUACUCUGAGCCCGUUUCUAUUUAAUUUUAGUUUUGUCGUUGUUUUUUUAUGUUUUACGUUUACGCAGCUUCAAGUGCAGCUCAGAAUUUUUAGAGGAAGCUUUGCGUCGGUAAAGGGCGAUGCCAGAAAGGGCGAUUCCUGGCACCCGCAAUGCAGGCACGGACAAGAUUUCUUGCAUGUAAAAAGAAAAAGAAAGCGCAAAAUGAAUUGCUCUUGAAUGCUACAGUUUAUUUUCAACAAUAUACUUUUGGCAGGGAUUGACAAAGAUUGUGAUCGACACAGAAUGCGUACUAUUCCACCACAUUUUGCUUGUUAGCAUGAAGAAUAGCGGUUAUCAAAAUAUUAAGUAACGUAUGUUCCGUUGUGUUGGAUGCCGAAGUUGCGUUGCUCUUGAAAUUUUCGCGUUCAUCGAGCGAAAGCUUCGGGAUGUUUCUUUGAAUUAAGUAACGAUGAUUUGAUUGGAAACGAAAAAGGUGUGUUUUUUUUCUUUGCCUUCAUAAACUACCACGAAUGUGUAUAUACAAUGGUAUCACUAGGUGUUUCCGGGAUGGUAACACAGCUAAUCGAAACGAACUAUUUUCCAACUGUUGACGUGUACUCCCUGGUAAGAAAAUUUCGGAUCUCCAUAAAAUGUUCGACUUGCAUCAACUUGGAUCAGUUAAUGUGUUCUCUUCAAAGCAACUAGUGUUAUUGUCUCUCGUCAACGAUCUAUUUUCUUACUAGAGGAUUUGAGCAAUCAGGCUGUCAGUCAUUCAGUCAAUAUUUGUCAAUAAUUGAGAUUGCAAAAUUAGAAUUCUGCGCCGUGUGAAGCUUCCUGCGAUCCCGCCGUAUUGUUUGACAGUGACGUGCCACUUCGCAUUGCAUUGUGUUUUACCCUGUGUUAUCGUAAUGUGUUCUCCCAACAAUGUACUGUCGUGCAAAAACGCGACAGGUUUGAAGCCUGCGCCAGGAUAUCUGACUUCGGGCAGCCACAACACAGACUGCAGCUGCGUCACAGCUUUUAUGACUUUUUAUCGAUGUUCGAGUCCCUAUGUUUCUUCAGCUGAUUAAUGAUACAAACCUGUAGGGCGCGGGCGCCGCAAGAUCCUCUUUUAUUAUUUAUUAUUUUACUCUCAUUCCCCUCUGGAGAUUGAAAAAAAAAAUUGCCUUCUUGUGAGUUUAUCAUGCGUUAUCUGUCUUUAACUGAUAUUUUUCUUUCUUUUUGAGAAAUCAUUCUUCAGAAUCAGCUCACAAAGCUCUGUGAAUCGCUGGAACACUUGCAGAACAAGCUAUCAACAGGCGAACAGUUUUUAAUAUUGCGGAGGAACUGAGCUGUUAAUUUAUGAGCUGUUAAUUAGUUUCCUUCACUCGUUGUCAUGGAAGCACGAAUGUAGUUUACCUCGCUGGGAAUAACAGUAAUAAUCCAAUAAUAAGAGAGAGAAGAGCAUUUGUUCAUAGCGCAUCAAGGAGGUAUAUUGCUGCUCGGCAUCGCCAUUUCUUAAAAGCCGUCAAGAAUGCUGCGAUAGCUAACUUUAAACACAACAAAAUAAAGUAUGCUGGCGAGCUGCUUAUGACCCCGAAAUGUAGAUUGCGUUCAUUCCUGGGUUCAGAUCUAAAGUGGAGAAAAUAAGUUUCGCUGUUCCAAAGCUAGCUCAGUGUAAUGAUGGAUGAUGAAUAGCUGUUAAAUUGUCUCAAUUCGAGUUGCUCUCUUUUAUUUCUGUGUCUUUACAUGCAUAACAUUCAAACUAGCCGUCAACAUCUGUAAUUCGUUAAUUAGGAUGCGCGGUGAUCGCUCAUCGCCUAAGGCUUGAGCUUGCGCAAUUCGUGGUUCCUAGCGUUUGAAGGUCUGGACCCGACAUGCUGAAACGAAACGAGCAGUGUCUUUUGCUACAAAUUGUCACGACCCCUCUAAAGAGUCGGUGAAAAGAAGGCAUCCCCUGCUUUGCAAUCUGUAAUUUCAAAUGAUCCUGUCAACGAAAAAUGCUGUGCGAAUUCGUUGCCAUAAACGUGCCAACAUUGUAAAAUAAUAGAUGUAUUUUUUUUUGGUUCACUCGGGCAAUGUUACACGUGAAGAACGGUAAGAGUGUCUUGAAAAUCAGCACAGCUUUGUCGCAUUUAAUCUAAAGCACAGCAUUUUCUUGUUUCUGAACACCGGCGUGGCGCUGUACUCUCCGCUGUAGAGUCGCUGUGCUCAAUUCUGCAGCACAUAUUCCGGCGAACGCCAGCUGAAAAAUGCAGCUGGCCCAUAGGCUUAACCAAAGCAAAAUGCGUUACGCAGUAUCAAUAACACGCGUUGAUGAACAAGAGCGUGUCGUAUAUGAAGUGAUCUUGCCAAUGCAUUAAUCUACAGAAAUUUAUGUUUUUUUUGUUCUCCGAGCUUAUAGUGGCCUCAAACUGUGCUUCGAACACUGCUUUCGAGCGUGACGCGCCUUAUUUAUGUAAAAUGUGAUGAAAGUUCUGUUCAUGAAUGUGACUCUUUUUGUAUGUGUGCCAGAGAAUGUGAAGUGCAUAUUGUUUCGCCAUUAUUGAAUGCCCAUGCAUCUUGUAGAAUUUUUGCAAACUGCUUGCCUCAUCAUAUCCUGUUUUUUUCUUCUUUUUAUUGGAGCAGCUUUUAGAUAACGGGUGCUUGCCCGUGAUUCUCCAUAUGACAUGUUUGUAGAGUGAAAAACGUGAGAAAGAAAAAAGAUACAUAAGAGAGAGGAAGAAUAUAACUAAAAUAUUAUUGAGAAUAAAAUAAAGUAAUUAUUGUUUGUC